AUGGCGCACGGGCUGCAAAGGUGUUUCAAGCCCGGCAGCCUUGUGGCCAUAACGUUGCUUCUAGUUAGCCUGCAGUGCCGAUGGCCAAAUUUUACGGCUGGGCGAUCAGCCAGCAGGAGUAGCUCUAGUCAACUGGUUGACUGGAGAUGGCAGCCCUAUGCGCGUGGGCAACAUCUGGCAAUGAGACUGGGUCCUGGUGGUGGCUCUGAUCCGGUCAACAACGUUUCGCCUGAGAUGGCAGCCGCUGGCCGCAAAUAUGCUCAGAAGUACGAGGACAUCCUGUUGGCUGGACGGAAGGUAUGGCAAGAGAUGCUAAAGCGGGAUGAGGUUCCAAAGAAGAUCUACUUCAUUGGUACAAACGGCAACUCAGGCGACAUGGUUGCAGAAGCCUUGAUGGAUGCUCUGGCGUAUGUCCAAGCUCCCGAUGGAACUCUCUUCUUGCGUAGAAAACCUGGGCUCGAGUACCCGAAGCUGAAAUACUUCCUCUUGAAUUCCGACAAGCAGUUGGCAGCUAAAGCUCCAAAAUCGGCAGUGGACUUGUACAUGGAGGAUGAGAAGAAAUAUCGUGAGCUGGAGACAGAAGUCCUGAAAGAGUUUCAAGAACUGGACGCAGGUGAGAACCCUGCCGGCAUCGUUGUCGGUGAGAGUGCAGUCAGCAUACCCGAGAACGUUGAGAUCAUGAAAACAGGAUUGGUGAUCUGGUUGGACGUGUCGCCAGAGUUCAGCUGGAGCAAGACUCAGAUGAGAGCCAAAGCUGGCGGUGGCCUUUUCAUCCCAUACGAGAUCAUCAGGCCGCCGGUUUGGUGCAUUGCGAACGGCUGGGAUGGUGACAUCGAUGAUGGGGAGGCAAAAGCAGAGUACAUCGAGAUGGUUGAGAAGUAUGCUGAGAAGUACGAGGAAAUCGCUGAUCUCCGUCUUCGAGCAGAUACCCCUGGUAUCGUCGAGAACCAGUAUUGGGGCGCUGAGCGAUUAGCAAAGGCUAUGGCUGAGUUCUAUGGAAUCAACACAGAGGGAGCAUCUGUGGAGGAGGAAGUCUUGGAGCGUGAUCUCGAAAAGUUUCUGGAGAGUGCCCGGCUCUCCAAGUACAUGCAGGCUGCCUUGGACUGGUGCGAUGAGCAGGGUGCAGCUUCCAUAGAGGACGUCGUUGAGAAUACCGAUGACUUUGCGGAGGCACUCUCUCUGAAGCCCCUGGAAAAGAAGCGAUUGACAAAGGCCGCUGAAUCUGUUGCAGCGGUCGCGUAA